AGCUGAAGCCAGCGUCGAUGCAGGCGUUCACCGACUUUCUUGGCGAGCAGCAACUUCAUGUUUAUACCGACCUCUAACCGUCGCUAACAUUGUCCCUGCUAGCAACUGGAAGCUAACCUUCCCUCGCGCAGCACAAGUUGAAGUCAUCACAGAAGGACAAGGUUCGGCAGUUCAUGUCCUUCACGCAGGCAGGGGAGAGGACAGCACUGUACUGCCUGACACAGAAUGACUGGAAACUAGAAGUAGCCACAGAUAACUACUUCCAAAAUCCAGACCUCUACUAUAAAGAAUCCAUGAAAACCUCAGUGGACCGCAAGAAGCUGGAACAGCUCUACAGCAGAUACAAAGACCCUCAGGAUGAGAAUAAGAUAGGCAUUGAUGGGAUCCAGCAGUUCUGUGAUGACCUGAUGCUGGACCCAGCUAGCAUGAGCAUACUCGUAGUGGCAUGGAAGUUCAGAGCAGCCACACAGUGCGAGUUCAGCAGGAAGGAGUUCCUGGAUGGCAUGGCUGAAUUAGGCUGUGACAGCCCUGAAAAACUCAAGGCAAUCCUUCCCAGACUAGAGCAGGAGUUGAAAGACACAGGAAAGUUUAAAGACUUCUAUCAAUUCACCUUCAACUUUGCCAAGAAUCCUGGCCAGAAAGGUCUGGAUUUAGAAAUGGCUGUGGCUUACUGGAAUCUAGUUUUGACAGGUCGCUUCAAGUUCCUGGAUCUUUGGAAUCGUUUCCUGUUGGAGCAUCACAAGCGGUCAAUCCCCAAGGACACAUGGAACCUCCUUCUGGACUUUGGCAAUAUGAUUGCAGACGACAUGUCAAACUACGACGAGGAAGGGGCGUGGCCUGUCCUCAUAGAUGACUUUGUGGAGUUUGCUCGGCCGAUUGUGACGGGUAGCAAGAUCACCAUGACAUAGUGUUUGUUCCUGCUUUAUGCAAUGGAUGGAGUUUGUGUUUCUCCCAGUUUUUUAGUACAGAUUUUUAUACAAAUGGGCCAAAAAGAGACUCCUUCUACAUAGGCCUGUCUGCAGCUUAUUGUCGAGAUUGUUCUUUCAACAGCAUGAGAUGCCUUGAUGGAAGAGUGAUAAUGGGAAGCGUAAGGAGAUUGGAAAGGAAAAGAGGACAUCAUUUAUUUUUAAGUCCAAAUGGACAGGCUUUUGAGUUGCAAUAUGGAAACGAUGGGUACCCUAAAACUCAUCAGUGGUGAGAGCGGCCUCAGACUGCUGCUGUGGACUUGGCUCACUAACUUGCACCCUUGGCACAGUGAGGAGGGACAGUUACAGUGAGCUUUCAGUGCUCACUGAAAAUUAAGUUAUAGAUGCAGUAGGAUGUGGCCUCUUCACAUGUAAAUUAUGAAUGGAACAGUUUGUUAAAAUCUGCAUGUUUUCAUCAGCUAGCGUGAAGCGAUGCCAUAGAUGUGGAUGAGGAAAUAAGGAGGUUACUUUCACUGAUAUUUGGAAUGUGUGGCUCUCUUACAAUCACAUGGAGAGAGGAAAAAGCUUGUUUGGUAUUGUAUGUUUGUGUGCGUGCGCAUAUGUGUGUGUGGUGUUUUGGGGGUUAAACAAAUUGCCUCUUUUGCGAUAAGAUGGUACAUACUUUAAUUUUUUUGUUUAUCCUAAGAAACUAGGGUUCAGCAAAAGGUUUUUAUUCAAAUUACACAGAAAAGUAUUUUUUUGAGCACCAGCAAAAGUCACUAAUGUCACAGUUAAAGCUAGUCAUAGGAAGCAGAAUAGGAAAACUCUAAGAUGUUCUCUAAAAUGUGCAUUUUAGAGAACAGGUUGCGACAUGUGUGAUCAUAAUUUCCUGAUUUUUAAAUGCUAUUGAGUUAGGUUCUGGUCGACUUUAGUGGUGCGGUUUAAAACUGCUGUACACAAAGAGACUGACUGGCACAUUGCUAUUAUCCAGCUGAUGACUUGCCAAUUCAACAAACUGCACUGAGUUACACUUUUUCUGUUUUAGAUAAGACAUUUGUCACUGCACACAGCUCCAGAGCUAUUCAGUUUACUUGACAGUAGGUUUCACUUAGACAUUUUAGCCUUUUUUUUUUUUUUUUCUUAAAUGGAUCCCAGCCAAGAGUAUUUUAACUGUUUGUUUACACUGUCUGAGGUUUUUGUGUGUCGCUAACUUGUAGGUCAAUGGUGACAUGUAACACUGGCUUUUAAGUGCAAAAGUGAAGAACAUGUCACCCUGCUGAUUUUUCUGCCACCUUUCAGUACCUCUUGAAAUCCUGCAGUUCUGUACUACAUAACAGCAGGAUAUAAACAUGAUUAAAACAGACCUUUUUGAGCUUGUAGAGGUCAAUGCAGCGUUGUAAACUACGCUGUAUAGGUUUAUAUGCAACUUGGCUGGAGUUUAACAGAAAAUAGAGCUGAGGUACUUGUUGCUGAGCAGGUGUUUCGGUAUUACCAUGCUAUCUGUUUUUCAUCUUUAUAAAUCCAGUAUUCAGGGUUUUCUUAGAGGUGUUAGGGUUUGGGUGCUGUUGAAACGACGCCAAUUUGCAUAAUUUACGCCUAUAUUAUUACAAUAUUUAUAAAAUAGCUCAUAGAAAAGCAAAAGGAAUCAGACUUGAGGAGUAGAGAAAUCUCCAUUAUUGUAUGUGUUUUGAAGUAAUAAGAAAAACCCUAAAUAUCUAUUUGAAAGAACAUGGCAAGGUUCACUGUUGUGUAAUGUUCACACACAACCACAGAUAAUGCAGAAUCCAUGCAACUGACAAACAUUUAAGCUCUCAUAAUUAACAUAAGUCAGUGUUAAAUUAUAGCAGUAUGCAUGAAUGUACACUAAAAGAAACUGGGGUGAAUUAGGUUGUUCAUUACAGCUUUGGAAAUAAUCACUGAACCAUGACAAGGGAGACAAAGUCAACAUUUGCCAUGCGUUCCGUGUUUUCUCCUGUGCAAAUGUGAAGUAAAAAUCGCCAAAAGAAGCAUGAAAUGUUCGCUUUACAAAUUUAAUAAACAACUGGGCUGUAUUUGAAUGAAUAAAUGACAACAAAAACUCAUUUCCAGAACCCCUGUCAGCUAAAACACAAGUCUGCAUAAGGUAAAGAUAGUAAGAUGGGUGAUCGCUUAUGAUCUGACAUUAUUCUGGAGCAGGAAAGUGAGACAUAAUUCCGAACAUAAAAUGGUACAUUUUUAUUUUUCAGUUGUGUGAUGGAGUGUUUCUUUUCAAGCAGAUCAUUCUUAUCAAAACAGUAUUAUUUUUGCUGGCAAAGAACAGGUAAUGACAGAAUAUCAUGUUUUAUCACAGAAACAUACAGUAUGUUGUUUUUGUUAAAAAUAAAAGAUUGCCAAUAAAGCAUGUUGUUUUUAACA